UCAGCUCCCGGGGGAGUUGGGGGGCUCUGAUCCUGCCCCUSUGCACAGGGUGAUGCCAGAAGGAGCCCGGCAUGCCGUACCUGGACCGACAGAACCGGAUCUGCGGCUUCCUGGACAUYGAAGAAAAUGAGACCUGUGGCAAAUUCCUGCGGAGGUAUUUCAUCCUGGACACGCAGGCCAACCACCUCCUGUGGUACAUGGACAAUCCUCAGAACCUGGCCAUUGGAGCCGGCGCUGUGGGAUCCCUGCAGCUGACCUACAUCUCCAAGGUUAGCGUGGCCACCCCAAAACAGAAGCCUAAAACUCCGUUCUGCUUUGUCAUCAACGCUCUGUCCCAGCGCUAUUUCUUGCAAGCCAGUGACCAAAAGGACCUGCAGGACUGGGUGGAGGCGCUCAACAGGGCCAGUAAGAUCACGGUGCCCAAGGGCAGCAGUGUCCCAGCGGCCACAGAGAUCACCAAACCCCCGGUGGUGUCCCAGGCUCAGGAGAGGAAGCCCCGGGUGGCCUACAAAACCGAGAUUGUUGGSGGGGUGGUGGUGCACACACCCAUCUCCAUCAACCAGGAUGGUGGGGAGGGCACUGAGGUGGCCGCUCACCCUCUGCUGCGGCGCUCGCAGAGCUACAUCCCCCCCUCGGCCACCAAGGUGCCCGCCGGGCCACCCCCGCUCAAGAGUGGCUUCUGUGUCAAGCAGGGCAAUGUGAGGAAGAGCUGGAAGAGGCGGUUCUUUGUUCUGGAUGAGUUUUCCAUCAGUUACUACAAGUGUGAGCAGGACAAGGAGCCCCUGCGUUCGAUCCUCYUGAAGGAUGUUUGCAAGACCCACGAGUGCCUGGUCAAGUCUGGAGACCUCCUGAUGCGGGACAACCUCUUUGAAAUUAUAACGAGCUCCAGGACCUUCUACAUCCAGGCAGACAGUCCCGAGGACAUGCACAGCUGGAUCCGCGCCAUCACCGCAGCACUGCAGGCGCUCAAAACCCGCCCCAGGGAGAUGUCCUUUGUCAGAUCCCCAUUCCCAGCCCGGCCCGGGGGUUCAGCAGUGCCCGCCCGGCAGCGGCCGGAGGAGCGGAGAGCGCUGUGCAGAGCCCCGUGCAGCUCCACAUGGCAGCCCUGGACACCCGUGCCGAGGCCAGAGGGUGAACAGCAGGCUCUGGGUGAUCACCCAGCCCCGAUCCCCCUGGCAGACCCGGCCCCGGGCCCGUCCCUCACGGGGCCCCAUGGCAGAGCCGGGUCUGGUCCCCGCCUGCGGCACCGCUCGGAGCCGCAGCAGCUCAAGGAGAAACCGUUCACCUUCGACCUGGACGAUGAAAGCAUCCGGACCUCGGACGUGUGAGGGGCACUGAGCCAGCCCCGGCUCCACAUGCCUGUGGGGCUGUUUGGGGUGUGUGAGUGUCCCUGCCCUGUGACACAGGAUCCGUCUGGAGCCACGUCCUGUGCCCUGCUCUGCCCUGGCUGCUCCUGCCCAGCCUUGGUUCUGUGUUUUUGGCACUCGCUGUGCAGGGCAGGAGAUGCUGGGGACUGUAUGAGGGGACACCUUCUGCAAUGCGUGAUUUCCCCCCAAAACCAGGUCUGGAGGAAGCGGCAGGAGGGGACUGUGGCCUUUCUUGUGUUUGACAAAUGUUUCUGUCCCCUUUGAUGCUGCUCAGACUCCCCAGGGCAGACGCUGCCCACACGGACUCACUGCAACUUCCCCUUACAGUGACUGAUUCCUCACUGCCCACACAGGGGUUUAUCAGCAAUCUGCUGGCUUUUAAUUACGUUUUUUUAUACCUGUGGCUCCUGUUGACCCCCAGCCUGGGCAGGUUCUCAGCCACUGAAGGUUUUUUGGUACAUCCUGAGCCCGAGCAGGGACAGCUGCUGGAGCAGUGGUGGCUCCCAGGCUGGAGCAUCCUCAGGUACGGWGUCGGUUCUGCACUGCACUCCUGGGCACAGGGAUGGUGAAAAGCUUUCAGCAAAAAGCACCGAAAACYGAGCUCCUGAUGGAACUGGGCAGACUUGUCCAGCCAACUCUGCUGCUGCCUGCCCGAGAUGGAAACCAGCAGGAGUUUCUAGAGCAAUGUGAAUCGUCAUUUCCAUAACCAAAUGAGCUCCUGUAGGUGUGAUAAAUAGUGUGUAGAAAAUGCAGGUGUUCCCUCGGCAGAGAGAUUGUCUGAUAUCCUGAAAGUGUGUGCAAUCCCUGGGUGCUGAGCAGAGCUUGGCAUCCCUUUCACUUCACUGGCUGUGACACAUCCUGUGCUCUGCAAACUCAGCCCCGUGUGCUCCCCAGAGCAGAACAUCUGCUUUGUCCCAGCCCUUUUGGGGCCUCCAGCUGUUUGACAGUUGUGAGGUGCAGCUCUGAGCCUCCAUCAGCCCCACUGACCUUGAUGUGAUUGGAAUUGUUCCUUCCUGCCUCCAUCCUCGGUGGGACCCGUGGGGUGCUUUGGGGCUGUGCCUUUGUGCAGCUGGGGAGGCAGGAAUGGGUCCCGUGAGUGCAAGAGGGGCUCACAGGGGAUUGUGUGGAGGUGCUGGAGAACACAGGGACCAUGAAAAUGAGUGGGAAUCCAUGCAAACGGUACAGGCGAGCGUUAGCGUUACUUAAUUGUAGCAACAUAGAUCCUGCUGUUCCUUUUUCUGCCUCCUUUUUGCUUCGUUUGCACUAGAGUUCGAAACCUUUCAUUUUUUUAGGCUGACUUGCUGUUUGGCUCCUAGCACUUGCAGGAAUGUUUUACUGGUUUGGUAAGCCCUUCCAUGAGAGUCCCAGCGUUUGGUAACAGCGCUCUGAGCUCAGUUUUGGAGAGCAGGGAAUGCAGAGGGAUCACGGCUCCUUUGUGCAAAGCCUGGAAUCAGAGUCCUGAGUGUUCCUGGUGCUUGGUAAUUGUGCAGUUUCCUCAGUCCUGGGAUGGUAAARCAGAGGCUUGUUGCACAAUUAAGGUUAAUUAUCCAGGAGCAGAAACUUCCAGUGGCUCCAGUAUUUAUUGCAACAUUCCUUUUGUUCCUUUGCACCCUCCUGCAUCCCCAGGACAGCACCAAGGCUGAAGGGGAGGUUCAGGCAGAUGUGAAGCUCAGGGGGCUCCAGAGCCGUCCAUGAUGCAGGUGGUGCUGGCAGGGAGGGAUUUCCCUCUGUUCCAAAGGACUGGGUGGAUGCAGCCAGACCCUGAUGAGCUUUGGGGUUAUUUUAAAGGGAACUGGUGUCCCCUCAGCUCUCAGGAGGGACAGAUGGACACAUCCCCCAGAGCUGCUCCUCCUGGAGCCUGUGCUGUGGGGUUUGCUGGGGGUGCUGUAGAUUUGGGGUGCCUUGCAGGGGCAGAGGGGUGGCAGAGAGGGGUUUGCUCUGUUCCAGUGGCAUUCCCACAUUGUUCCAGACGUUUCUGCAAGUGCUGGCUGGGGAUUUCAAGUGCUCUUAGGGCCAGGGCCCUCGCUCAGGCAAUGCUCCAUGAUUCCYGGGGUAUGGGCUACCUGCCCCCACCCCUGGCCUGUGAAUGCUGGAAUGCCCUUUCUUCCCUGUGGUUUUAAAUAAAGAAGGAAAUCCCAAUUGCCUUCCCAGCCUGUCCAUU